UUCCUUCAUUGUUUACAUUUCUCAGAAGUUUCUCAUACAGUUCAUGGCGCUGUAAGAUUUCUCAUGUACUACGCUGCUCAUAACUUAUCAAGAUGGCGGCUGGACCGAUCGCCGAACGAAAUCAAGAUGCCACCAUCUAUGUUGGUGGUCUUGAUGACAAAGUCUCGGAAACACUUAUGUGGGAGUUGUUUGUUCAAGCUGGCCCUGUCGUCAAUGUCCACAUGCCAAAGGAUAGGGUCACCCAAAUGCAUCAAGGUUAUGGCUUUGUCGAGUUUAUGGGUGAAGAAGAUGCCGAUUAUGCAAUUAAAGUUCUAAAUAUGAUCAAGUUGUAUGGAAAACCUAUUCGAGUAAACAAGGCUUCAGCUCAUCAGAAGAACCUUGAUGUAGGAGCCAAUAUUUUCAUUGGAAAUUUAGAUCCUGAAGUUGAUGAAAAACUUCUUUAUGACACAUUUUCUGCAUUUGGUGUGAUAUUACAAACUCCAAAGAUCAUGAGGGAUCCAGAAACUGGAAACUCAAAAGGGUUUGCUUUUAUUAAUUUUGCAAGCUUUGAAGCAUCAGACUCUGCAAUUGAAGCAAUGAAUGGACAGUAUUUAUGCAACAGGCCCAUUUCUGUGUCAUACGCAUUUAAGAAGGAUGCGAAGGGAGAACGUCAUGGCUCUGCUGCAGAACGGUUAUUAGCGGCACAGAACCCAUUGUCGCAGGCUGACAGACCUCACCAGCUGUUUGCAGAUGCUCCUCCUACAGCCCCACUUCCUCCUCCACCAGGCGCCAUGCCCCCUCCUCCCCCUAUGACUCCUAUGGGAAUGGCCAUGAUGCCUCCACCACCACCAUCUCUAGGAAAUAUGUUCCCUCCACCACCCCCACCAGUCCCUCCUCCAAAUUCCAUGGGCAUGAUGCAGGGAAUUCCUCCUCCACCUCUACCACCCUCAGGUGGAAUGCAACCUCCUCCUUUACCUCCUCCUGGUGUACCACCUCCUCCCCCAAGUAUGGGUGGACAGCCACCUCUCCCUCCACUUCCACCAACAAAUGGACAGGCCAAUUCUAUGAUGCCAGGAAUGGGGGCGCCUCCUUUACCUCCUGGAAUGCCAAGGCCUCCUCAGGGUCCUCCACCCAUGAGGCCACCAGGCUCAGCUGCAGGCCAGCCAGGGGCACCCCCUCCUCCACGCAUGAUGCCUCCACCAUGGCAAGGCCAGGGCAAUGGCUACCCUAUGCAACAACCUUAUGGCCAAGGACAAUAUCCCCAGGGACCACAUGGUUGGAGACCACCUCCACCUGGUAGACCACCAUUUGGUCGACCACCUUUCCCACCUAGAGGACCUCCACCUCCACCUAGGGGUAUGCGACCACCACCUCCUGAUGGUAGUUGGGAAGAGAGUGGCGGUUAUGAUGAAAGUGGAAGUUAUGACUACGGUAGUUAUUAGCUUUAGUGCUAUUAUAAUUAUACUGAAUUCCAAUUUUGUAAAUAAUAAAGCUUGGUUUUAUUGAACCCUAA